UGGCUUUGACCAACAUUUAACCAUCAAUUGACAUUCUAACCAUAUUUCUUUCUUUUAUUUUUUUUCCAAAUGUAGGUAUUGGAGCCAUAGCAAUGCCUCACCUGUUUCAAACCACCCUGUCCCCCCUCAUAAAUAACAAAUAGUCCCUCACCAUCUUUGAAUAAGCUGAUGAUAGAAGUAUCAUAGGCCUGAUAACCAAAAACCAGGACCACGGUUAAGGAGAGGGGCCAAGCAGUCACUUGGUGCCACAAGAACAACCUCCUGCUCAACACAUCUGAAACCCAGGAACUGAUCAUUAAUUACAGGCGUAGCAUCUCACCUGAAUCUGUCAUACACAUCCAAAAUGUCAUUGGUGACGUAAAGAUGAAAGGUUGUCCUGAAUGUGGGUUUAAAGGAGCCGUCCCAACUAAACUGGUCAAGCAGCCCUUUGGUGUUCCCGUCUUAUGCCCUACAUACAGUAAUAACUAACCACCUCAGGAUUUAUUUGUGUUAAUUGCAGACAAGAAUUCUGUGACACCCUCUAUUGUUCCAGAUUGAACGGUGUCAUUACUCAAGAAAUGAUACCUAACCCUCACACAGUAUAUACAGCUCAGCGCAACUCAAGGCUCAUCAGUAGCCUGCGCGCUCCAUCAAGAGAUGGGGCUUUUGACGGCUGUGUUAGUUGGCGGCGGUGCAGCGGGUGCCGUGGUCGCAGCUCCUCUUGUUCUGACUGGUGCAGGUUUCACUGCAGCUGGAAUAGCAGCAGGCUCCAUUGCUGCAAAAAUGAUGUCAGCUGCUGCAAUUGCUAACGGCGGAGGAGUGGCAGCAGGAAGUCUGGUGGCUGGUCUGCAAGCAGCAGGUGCUGCUGGUCUGUCAGGAGCUGCCACUGCAGCUGUGGGCGGCACUGGAGCAGCACUGGGAUGGCUGGCUGCAAUCAUCAUAUGAAAAUCAUGAAGGAACAAGAUGGAUAUCUUUACUUUUGCCAAAUGAAGGUGGCAACUGCAUCUGAUAUCUGUUCACUUGUGAAGUAACACUUUUGUCAUCUCAGGCUACUUAGCUGAUAUGUGCAAUAAAUCUGUGUUACCUUUAAAAGA